AAAAGAAAGGGGCGAAGAGGGAAAACAAACAUUAGGAGAAGAGAAGAGCACAGAAGAGGGUGAAAGAAAGAGACAAAUGGAAUUGGAUGAUUGGGAAUUGAGUGCAGAAGAACUCGAUUCCCUCGAAAGAGACGCUCUCAACCAAAUCGCUCUCCGCAAUUCCUCUUCUGCUACUACUUCGUCUUCCUCUUCCACUCGCCUUAACCCUCGCCCUCAACAAUCACCCGCCAAACCCAUCGCCGACUAUCAUCAUAACAACACGGUAGAUGCUUUGCCGGAUGCAUCUAGAACACUACCUGCAUCUCCGGUGCCCAAAAUAACUGAAGAUGAUUCUUCAAAGGAACAACCGAAGCUCUCUGUCAAAUUUUUUCUACAUGCUAGUGGGAAUAUUGCUGCCAAAUUUUCUUAUGACCAGGUAGUUUUAGGAGCUUUCCGCAAGAUUCCUAAAGCUAGUUGGAAUGCGAAAGAAAGGUUGUGGAUGUUCCCUGUGUCAUCUCUGUCAUCAGCAGAAAAACUUCUCAGUGAACUAUCUGGUUCUAAUGUUGAGGUAGAGAAUUUAGAUCCUUUGGUGCGUCGUGCUAUUGCUGCUGCCUCUUCUGUUCCAGAUCUUCGAGAUCGAUAUGACAGGAUCCCAAAUAAUAUUGAAUCAAAGCUCCUUUCAUUUCAGCGUGAUGGUGUUAGGUUUAUCUUGCAACAUGGUGGGCGUGUCCUCCUAGCAGAUGAAAUGGGACUGGGAAAGACUCUUCAGGCUAUUGCAGUAACCACUUGUGUUCGUGACUCAUGGCCAGUUCUUAUUCUUACCCCAUCUUCCCUGAGGUUGCAUUGGGCUUCUAUGAUUCAACAAUGGCUGAAUAUACCUUCAUCAGAUAUACUUGUGGUUUUAUCUCAAUGUGGUGGGUCAAACAGGGGUGGAUUCAAGGUUGUACCAUCAAACACCAAGGGGACCAUCCGUCUUGAUGGCACAUUCAACAUUUUAUCGUAUGAUCUUGUCCCUAAGUUACAGGACCUUCUAAUGGCGUUAGAAUUUAAGGUUGUGAUUGCAGAUGAGUCGCAUUUCUUGAAGAAUGCCCAAGCAAAGCGAACAAGUGCUUCCCUUCCUGUAUUACAGAAAGCUCAAUAUGUAAUUUUGCUCAGUGGAACUCCUGCUUUAUCACGACCAAUUGAAUUACACAAACAGCUGGAAGCUUUGUAUCCUGGUGUAUAUAAGAAUGUUCAUGAAUAUGGUACCCGAUAUUGCAAGGGUGGUGUAUUUGGAAUGUAUCAAGGUGCAAGCAAUCACGAAGAGCUUCACAACUUGAUGAAAGCAACGAUGAUGAUCCGCAGACUCAAGAAGGACGUUCUUUCUGAGCUACCAGUGAAGCGCAGGCAACAGGUUUUCUUGGAGUUGGCGGAAAAGGACAUGAGACAGAUCAAUGCUUUGUUUCGUGAGUUGGAGGUGGUGAAAAUCAAAAUUAAGGCCAGCAAAUCAAAGGAGGAAGCUGAAACGCUCAAGUUUUCUGAAAAGAAUCUAAUUAAUAAGAUUUAUACUGAUUCAGCAGAAGCCAAGAUCCCAGCAGUCCUGGAUUACCUGGGAACCAUCAUUGAGGCAGGCUGCAAGUUUCUAAUAUUUGCACACCAUCAACCCAUGAUUGAGUCGAUAUACCAAUUUCUGCAGAAGAAAAAAAUUGGUUGCAUCCGAAUUGAUGGCGGUACACCAGCAGCAUCAAGGCAAGCUUUGGUUUCAGAUUUUCAGGAAAAAGAUGCCAUCAAGGCAGCUGUGCUCUCUAUCAAAGCUGGAGGUGUUGGUUUAACUUUGACAGCUGCGAGCACAGUCAUUUUUGCAGAGUUGUCUUGGACUCCUGGUGACUUGAUUCAGGCAGAAGAUCGUGCUCAUAGGAUUGGCCAGGUCUCAUCAGUCAAUGUAUACUACCUGCUAGCAAACGACACGGUUGAUGACAUUAUUUGGGAUGUUGUUCAAAGCAAGUUGGAAAAUUUGGGACAGAUGCUCGACGGCCACGAGAACACAUUGGAAGUUUCAACUGGCCAGCCAAGAAGCAGCCCCGCAAAACAGAGCCCCGCAAAACAGAGAACACUCGACUCUUUCAUGAAGCGUUGCAACAACUUGGACAACUCCGAACAUCGGCCCAAUCUUAAAUACCCUAGGCAUUGAGCCACUGAAUAUUCCGAAUUGUAAUGUAUGCGCAUGUAGAUAUGUAUAGGCACAUGUAUCUGGAAAGUUAUCCUUGUAACGAUGUGAGCGCAUUAAUAGAUUCAAUCUCACAAAUUUACUGUGCCAAAGGCAUUGUACCCUCUCGGGGUUUUCUUCAGUUUUGGGGCUGAGUUGUUAAUCAUUCUGAAUUUUGCUGUUUCCUGAUGGAUGAAUAUAUCAUGUGGUGGUUUAAACCUA